AUGCAGGCGGUCCUCAGCCGCGUGCACCGCAUCGUCGCGGCGCCGCCCGAGCCCACUGACGACGACUUUGAGCUCACAGGUAUCUCCAUCUCGUCCCCAUCAACGCCCACUUCCCUACCGGACCCACUAGCGCCGCCGUCGGCCGCCGUAUCGCCGGAAAUCGUGCAGGCCGUCGAGCGGUUGCAGUGUGCCACACUCUUAACGGAACGGAAGCGCGCGGUACAUGCUCUGCAGUCGCUGUUUGACCAGUAUCGAGUGCAAGUGUCUACAGAUGACGGACACCAAAGGCCAAGUGAAGACGGUGUAGUCGACGAGCGGGCGCUUGGGCUCUCGGCCGUACCAGCUGUGCUGGACGCGCUCGUGUCGGACCCGCGGGACACUGAGCUCAUGGAGGAACUUCUCGAGUUCCUGCAGACUGUCGUGGGUCGCGUCCCUGCAGCAGCGGUGUUGGUGCUGGCGCAACCGCACGCGGCUGUUGCUGCAACUUGGGGCAUGGAGACGUGCCUUUUGUUGCUCCAGGAUCCGUCGCCGUGGAUCCGAGGCCCGGCCGUUGCUCUGGUCAAGACGCUGCAAGAGGCACAGCCAGAGGAGUUUACCAAGGCGGUAUUGCAGUGCAAAGAAGGACUUCGGCGACUCCUGGAGGUGGUCGAGGACCGACGGGAACAUAUUCGAGACACGGCGUUAGCCGUGCUUGGCCAAUUGACAGGACGUGACAAGAACGUACAGCAGUUUUUGGCGUUUGAAGAAGGAUUUGACAGACUGUUUCAGAUCAUGGAAGCGGAGGGGAUCGCAGACUCUACUGGCACGAGCUCUGUGGUCGCUGACUGUCUCCAUAUUGUCAAUAAUAUGCUGCAAGAUAACCUCAUGACGCAGACACUGUUCCUCGAGAUGCCAUAUCUGGAAUCGCACGUGCCGCAAUUACUUAGGGCGUCAGGGAUUGAAGAAGGUCACGAAGCAGGAGGUGGAGCAGCAUCGGAACGACAGAAACGCGUACUAAAGCUUGGACUGCAACUCGUGCGUGUGCUCGUAGCAGAGCUCCACGAAGGCGUCAACGAUUCGAUGUUGAAUGAAAUGGCGCAGCGGGACCGUGCCCGUAAGAAACACGAGCUGACGAAGAUACAAAGUCUUGUGGCCCGACAAGAGGCGCUCAUGGGUGCUGUGGGUGAGCUGAUUUGCUGCCUUGAUGAUACGCUGAUGGAUGUGCGACUACAAGCUCUUGACUUGCUGCGACUAGUGAGUGAGCACAACGGUGGUGCGCAGAUGAUAUUGCUGAACAUGUACGCAUUACCUUCCGGGCGUAACGUCCUCGCAGACCUUGUGAGUCUUGACGUAGGCAAUGGUGGAGAUGAGUCGCUUGUAUCUGCGGCGGCGUCAACUCUUUUGGACACUCUUUUUCAUGACAAUGAGGGUGCGCGUAUGGCUGUGCUGCAGCACAUUCAGACGCCGCCCCCACCAGCUGUCCCAUCGGAAGGAUAUAGCGCUGACGGGCGCAACGAGUUCUCUUCAGCACCUGUUUCAGCUGGUCGUGUCUUGCUUGAUGCAUUUGUCGUCAACACUGAAUCGAUUGUACAAUGUGGGGACAGAGAUGACGCUGAGACGCUGAAUGCGAAGCUUGUUGUCGCUUGGAAAGCGGGUCACCGGCUGACCAACUUGCUGUCGGGUAGCUCAUACUGCAAAGAACUUGCUCUCCGAGUUCCAGAACGGUAUACUGAUCCACAAGCUCGUGCGAUUGCGGGUGGCCUGUUCUUGUCGCGAUGCGUGCAGUUGUUGCGAACAGCGCCGGAUCAAGAAUUGAGUCCCAUGGUUCAGUCAAUCGUUUUCCAGGCCAAACUGUCGGUGCUGUUGCUGCUUAUCCACUGGUGCCACGGCUGUCGUAUGGCUGUUCGUGAAAUCGUAGGCUCCGUGGCCAACUUGUCCGUGCUCGUGGACACCCUCUCGGCAAAGCAGAAAGCUGCAUCGCCUCGAAGUGUAGCUGAAACGACGCAGUUGCGAGGCCUUGCCGCGCUACUGCUAGGGUGUUGCUUGGAGAUCUUGCAUGUGGAUGAGGCAGACAAAGUUGUGGAAACCGCUAGUGCAUCAGCAGUGGCAGCUAUACGAGAAGAAGAAGAUGAAGCCGGAUUGCAGAUGACGCGAGACCAACUGCUCCAGAUGAUCAGCAAUCGCAUUGGUCUAGAGCAGUUUACAAAUGCCUUGGUUCAGUUCCAGCAAACUGCGGCAAUACUGGCGUGUGCCCGAGCUAGUGCAACGCAGAGUUCACGGGUCCUGCUCACUUAUCGUGCGGAGUACGAUAUCAUCGAUAUCGCCGACGCCAACGCUGUGGGUGUGAGUUCGAGUCACGAAGGCAACGCUCAUUACCUGUUUAUGCUUUACGAGCGAGGCUUCACGAUCUUUUAUCGCGAAAUGGCUGAGCGGAUACAGAAGCGUGUCAUGGCGAUGUACACUGAUUUUUGUGAUGGCGGGUCUUUGCGCUCUGCUGGCGUGGACUCGAUCCUUUCGACUCCUGCGAGUGCCUAUCAGGACCUCAUCCGUAUGCAAGACAAACGGAUUCUGGAUCUGCAACGUCAAGUAGAAGAACUGAAGCAGCGCGAGAUGGACCGAGGAUGUCAGAGCGACGUUUCUGCCGUCACAAUGCCGAUACAAGACAUCACAUUGGUGGACCAGCCAGCUGCCGAGCGCGAACGAUUCGAGCACGAAAAGACAGAUGUGGGGGACAAGGAUAAGAGAGUGUCGGAGUCGGCACCCGAAAUGGAGGCUCGUAUGGAUGAUGCACUAGCUUUGGUAUCUCAGCAACCCGAAGAAGACCAUAAACAAAGAGAACAAGAACCCGCUGUCGUUUGUCCAGUGUCGGAGGACGUGCAGUCUUCUCUGGUAUCGCUCAGCUCUUUACGCGAACAACUUGCUCGAGUACAAGCUGAGUUGGAUGCAGAACGAGAGGCCACCCGGCGAUCGCGUAGCGAAGUUGCUAGCUCUGAGGGUAUCACAGCAUGCCGUGUUCUCCAUACCGAAGGCGAAGCUGAGCUUGCACGGCGCCUAAAACAGCUUGAAGAGCUCUACGUGGAAUGCGAGCGUAAGGAUAUGGAGCUAGCCGAGAGUAGGCAGAUGCUCGAGAUGCUCGUCAAAGAUCAGGCACAGGCCAAGAAUGACAACGAACGAUUGAAAGCACAGCUAGCGGAAGCAUUGUCGACGUCUGUCCGAGCUGGGGAAGCAGAAAGCAACAAAUACGAGCGCGUCAUAGAUGGCCUCACGGCGGACAACGGACGUCUAGAAAGCCGUGUUGAUGAGCUCGAAGUUGCAGCGCGUGCCGUCUACGUCAAUGAGCAAGAAGAACUCUGGCAACGAAUGCAAGAAGCGGAGCCAGCAGACCCGGUAGUCCCUUUUGCUUUACAUGAGACCGCGCUACCCGAUAACGAAACGAUUCGCACGGAAGCACCUGCUGACGGAACAUCUCGAGAGGUUGUUUCUGACGAUCAAAAUCGUUCAGAGGAGCUCUUAUCUUCUCAGCUCGAAGAGCUGAAUGUGCUUCGUGCUCGCGUAGCAGAAAUGGAGACAGUGGCAAAAGAGCGUGAUGCCCAGGCGAAGCAUGCCUUGUCCCUGCAGAGUCAAGUGACCGAGUAUAAUGAUCAGGCGCGACGUGACAAGGAGAGGUACGACGCGACCGUGCACAAACUGGAGGACGAUCUCGCGCGAGCUUUGCUGGAGAAGCAGGAUGCUGAGCGCAAGGCAAAGGCCAUUGCGACAGAACUUGAGAAUGAGAAGGAGCAAUUAUUGCUCGCGAAAGUAGAGCUGGACAACAAGCUGGGAUCUUGUCAUCCGGUUGAAGGCGCGGAUCGCCAGGACAACUGCAAGCGUCUUGAUGCAAAUCGGUCGUCCCGGGAACCUUUCGAUAUUGAGAACGCUCACGGGUCAACGGUCGACGACUUGCUGAUUCUAGUGGCGAGUUUAGAAAUCCAGUGCACGGUACUUCGUGAACGUUUGAUGGAGGCUCAAGGCGAGCACGCUGUCGCAGCGGCAGUAGAAUUGUGCAGGCAGCGCGGCGCUGUAGUCUCAUUGUAG